GGGGCGGGGUCUGUCGCGGCGCGCGUGUCUGUGUCUGUGUGGAGGGAGACGGUCAGGAAGAUGGCGGGUGGCAGCGGGCAGACCGUGCGCUGGGAGGGAGCCGGCUACCUGCGGAUGAGGCUGUCGCUGGCGGUACUGAGCGGCCGCACCGUGUGUAUCACCGGGAUAAGGAGCCUGGAACUGAACCCGGGGCUGCAGGAUUAUGAAGCAAGCUUCAUUAGAUUGAUGGACAAAAUAACAAAUGGUUCCCGGAUUGAAAUAAAUGAAACUGGUACUACAUUAAAUUUCCAACCAGGGCUUCUGUAUGGAGGAAGGAUUGAACAUGACUGUCAUCCACAACGCUCCAUUGGCUAUUACCUGGAAGCCUUGCUCUAUCUAGCUCCUUUUAUGAAGAGACCAUUAAAAGCCACCCUGAGAGGCAUCACUAAUGAUCAAACAGAUCCUUCUGUUGAUACUCUUAAGAUGACAGCCCUUCCCUUAAUGAAACGGUUUGGUAUAGAUGGUGAAGGACUUGAGCUAAAGGUAGUCCGGAGAGGCAUGGCCCCUGGAGGAGGCGGUGAGGUUAUGUUUUCGUGCCCAGUGCGGAGGUUUUUAAAGCCUAUCCAGUUAACUGACCCUGGCAAAAUUAAGCGGAUCAGAGGUAUAGCAUACUCUGUCAGGGUGUCUCCACAGAUGGCCAACAGGAUUGUUGAUUCGGCCAGAAGCAUCUUGAACAAGUUCCUACCAGAUAUCUACAUCUUCACUGAUCACAUGAAAGGAGCACAUUCAGGAAAGUCACCAGGAUUUGGCCUCUCUUUAGUGGCAGAAACAACAAAUGGAACCUUUCUCAGUGCUGAACUCGUUUCAAACCCUCAAGGUCAAGGGUCACCAGUCCUCCCCGAAGACCUUGGCAAGAGCUGUGCAAAGCUUCUUUUAGAAGAAAUCUACAGAGGUGGCUGUGUAGAUUCUGUAAACCAGAGCUUGGCCUUACUGUACAUGGCCCUUGGACAGCAGGAUGUUUCAAAACUUCAGAUUGGUUCACUGUCGCCAUACACGAUUGAGUUUCUGCGGCAUCUGAAAAGUUACUUCCGAAUAAUCUUCAAAAUUGAAGCCCAGCCCAUGGAAGAACAGAAAGGUGGAGAUAAAGUGUUAAUGACUUGCAUUGGUGUUGGCUUUUCUAACAUCAACAAGACCGUCACGUAGGAAGACUACUGUUGCAUCUGAAUGUGUUUGGCAUAGUUCAUUGUAUAUUUAAAACUUCCCUCAAAAAAUUGUAUCUUUGGAAUUUUGUGCAUGAAAACCGAUGUUCACAAGGACACCAUUUAUAAUCUAUAACUUACAUUCUUUUGUCAUUUGGCUAAUACUGAAAGUGAGUGCUCAAUGCAAGUUUAUUGGUGUCUAGGAAGAAACCAAUGUUUCUAACAUGGAAAUUAAUCAACUUCAGUCUUGAACAUACUGAAUGACUGGAUUCUGGUGCAGAGAAUUGUAAAACUUUACCACUCCCUCUGAAAAAAAUUUCUCGUCUCACUCCUAAGGGGCUGACCCUUGUUCUGAGCCUCUGUUCGCUGGUUCUAUGUCCCCUCAGCCACAGAAGCAUCCUUCUGCAUCAACCAUGUCAGUAUUUGUAAGAAUUAUGUUUGAAUGAGAGCACCUGUUAUUCUAAACUACAGAGAAUAUAGGCUUAUUCUAUUGAAUCAUCUUCAAUGACAAUUUGUCUAUUUCAGGAAUUAGUUUGAUGAACCUUUGCACUCCCUCUAUGGCAAGUAUCUAUCUCCUUUGGUGAGGAGACCAAACAAUGAUUCAACUGUGAUCUAGUUAAGGCUGUAAGUAAUUGCAAAAGGACUUAUUUACUCAUGUACACAAAUUCUAUUGUAAUAAAAGCCAACAUAACAUUUGCCUACAUGUUAACGCAGUGACUCAUACAAGGACAUAUCUGUCCCUUUGAAGCUGGAUAUUUCCCAGCUGCUUUCUAAUAAGAAAUACAUUAUUUUUCUUACCAAACUGGAUAACCCCAGUUUCUCCACAUUGUAUUUUAUAUGCCAAGUUAAGCUCACUCCUUAGUUUUGUUAUCUACUAACUUGAAAUAUUACAUAUAAUCCUGAUAUCCAAAUCAUGGAUAAACAUUGUAAAUAGCCAUGCCCACGCACUGAUCUUUGCAGUACCACAGAACCUGAAAAAGAACCAUUUAUUCCUACACAUUGUUCCUAUCUGUGACCAGUUCUCAAUCUGUGCCAAUAUAUUCCUCCCAUCCUGUGGGCUCUAAUUUUGUUUCCCUAGGUCUUGUUUGAAACCUUACCAUAAGUGUUCUGAAACUCUAAACAUACCAAAUCCACUAGAUUUCUUUCCACACCUCCUCCCCCCCCCCCCAUAUCUAUUCUGUUGCUUAUAUCCUCAAACUCCCAACAUGUCAAAUGUGAUUUCCUGUUCAUCAAUUUGUGUUGACUCCACCCAAUUUUGUGUUCUGUUUUUGCAUUCUUAUAGAUUCUCAUUUUCCUUUCUUAUGUUAGGCCAAAGGAUUUAGUUUACUGUUUUCUCCCUCAUUUAUUGAGUAGUGGGGUUAUAUUUGCCAACUUUCAAUCUGCAGGGAUGGACCAAUCCAGAAUAUAUAGAAUUUUCUAAUAUCUCUAGCCACAUUUUCAGCAAUAUGCUGGAAAUCUUUAGAUUUAGGAAAUGUAUGUGCUUUAAGUCCCUCUAAGUGUCUGGUAUUGUGUUAUUUUUAAUUAAAAUCUUGUACUUUCUUGUUUACACAUUACCAGACUCUCCAUUAUCUUUGGGAGGUGUUUAGUGUUUGUUUAGUUUCUCUCCAAUUUAAUUAUUCCUUUUUAUAACUUCCGAACUUACCUGCAAUGGACCCACAAUUGGCUGAUCUUUUCCAGUUUGCAAUUUCCAAAUUGUUUAUACAGUUGUCGCUAUUUUUUCCAAUUUUAUUUUCCCUUUCUUGGCUGUCCAUUUGGAAUUCUAAAAUCCUCCUAAUUCUCAGGCUUACGAAUUUUUGGCAACAGUAUAGGCUUUUUCCUUUGAUCUAAAACAAACCUUAAUUUCUUUUGUUGGCCUAGGUUUGGAUAUUUUCCUUGUUGGGUUUUUGUGCUUUAAAAGAAUGUAUUUUUGUAAAGUGCAUGUUCAUUCUUUAAUUGUUGGCUAUCACCUGCCUCCUGUUGUACGUUUUAAAUGUAGUUUCCCAAUCCACUAUAGUCAACUUGUCCCUCACAGCUUCAUGAUUUCCUUCAUUUCGAUUAGAGAUUCUAAUUUCUGACUGAACUACAUCAGUUUCAUUUCAAUGUAAAAUCUAGCAUAAAAUCAGUUUUUCCAGGUUGUCUUAAAUUUCAACCAUUUUUUACGUCCCUUGUACUCUACACUAGAUUUGAGAUGUGCAUUAUCUUUUUACAGUACAUUUUUCAGCCCUCAAAUACAGCAAAGAAGUGAACUGUUAAUUCUUAGAAGAAUCGUUUCUGCGAAAUUCUGCAGCAGUCUGGCCAAGAGAAUAACUGGGCAUUCCCCUGUCCUGUGCCACCCAGAACCCAGCCAUUAGAUCAUUGAGUUACUGGUUCACCUGCUUCUGUCCCUUCCCAGCAAAUAGGAGGAAUUCACAAUGGGGAGAUUCCAUUGUCUAAAAAGUCACUGCACUUUAGGUAUGCAAACCUGCAAUUUAAAAUUGCAGAUCAUUGUAGUUUUGGCUCAGCUUGAGCAUUGUUGCCUCUGAAUCAAAAGGCUUUUGAUUUCAAACCCCAUUCCAGAGACUUGAUUUCACAAUUUAGACAGGCAUUUUGAUACUAUACUGAUUGAGUGCUGCACUCUUGGAAAUACUGUCUUUCGGAUAAGACAUUAAACGAAGACCUAUCUUCUUCUGUCUUCCAGCUCGUCCCCCACUCACUCAAACCUCAGGUACAAUUGAAAGAUACCAUGCCAAUUUUGAAUAAGAGCAAAGAAUAUCGUUUGGUGCAUAAAUAUGUGCCAACUAAUUUUAUGUGAUCAUUCUCUCUUUGCUGUUUUGGGGAGUAGCUUGCUGCCUGCAAAUUGGGUGUUUUAUUUCCCUGUUAGAAAAAUAAUUGCAGUUCAGAGAUUGCUGUAAACACCUUCUGCGACAUCCUGUAGAAAUGGGUAGGAACAGGAAUAGGCCAGUCAAUCCUUCCAACAUGUUUGCAGUUCAAUUAAAUCAAAGCUGACCUUUUCUUAGUUUUUACGCUCCUUAUUUCUGCAUGCUUUAAUAUCCUUACCGAACAAAAAUCUUACCUGUUUCAAUUGAUCUAACUUAUGCUGUUAGUUUGGAUGUGUUGCAGAUGUACACUACUCUGAAAAUGUGUUAACUGACAUCAUUUCUGAAUGAUCCUAGAUUAGAGUGGUGCUGGAAAAGCACAGUAGUUCAGGCAGCAUCCGAGGAGCAGGAAAUCGCCCUUCAU